AUGCAGGAUGUGACCGAAAUCAUCGGAACUGAAAAGGUGGAUCUUGGGUUCAAGGCCAUGAUUCAUACCCUUGCUGCUAAAGCACGAAACUUCCCCGUGAUUUCCAUCGGAAGCCUCCUCGACGAGCCCUUCACGGGCGUCGUCUAUCUCAAGGACUCGGGAAUCACGACCGACUUCCGCAGCCUCAAGGGCAAGCGCAUCGGCUACGUCGGAGAAUUUGGCAAGAUCCAAAUCGACGAGCUCACCUCCCACUACGGCAUGUCUCCCGACGACUACACCUCCGUGCGUUGCGGCAUGAACGUCUCCAAGGCCAUCAUCAAGGGCAGCAUCGACGCCGGCAUCGGCCUCGAGAAUGUGCAGAUGGUGGAGCUCGAGGAGUGGCUCGCCGCGCAGGGCCGCCCAAAGACUGACGUCCAGAUGCUCCGUAUCGACGAGUUGGCCGAGCUCGGCUGCUGCUGCUUUUGCACCAUCUUGUACAUUGGCAACGAGCGCUUCGUGCGCGAGAACCCGGAAAAGGUCCGCGCGUUCAUGCGCGCCGUGAAGAAGGCGACCGACUUUGUCAUUCAGGAGCCUGAAAAGGCUUGGGCCGAGUACGUCGACUUCAAGCCCGUCAUGGGCACGGAGCUGAACCGCAAGAUCUUUGAGCGCAGUUUCGCCUACUUCUCCAAGGAUCUGAAGAAUGUCAGGCGGGACUGGGACAAGGUCACCAAGUACGGAAAGCGCCUUGGUGUCUUGGAUGCCGCCUUUGAGCCCAACUACACCAACGCCUUCCUUGACUGGGCCCUCGAAGAAGAAUCGGCGGAUCCGACGGGCGAUCAGAAGAGAAUUGCCAAGCUUCAGCAGGAUGUGGCCGCCCACGGCGGCUUCCACCGCCUCGCCGUCUAA